AUGGCCGACGAAUCAAUAUUGGAAGUGGGUAUCGAGGAUCUUGGGGACACGACAAACACCCUAGAAACGAUCACUCGAUUAGAGGAAGACCGGAAUCAACUUAAACAUGAAAACAAAGCUCUUAAAGAGCGAAACAAGCAUUUGAGCGAAUGUCUAGAAGAAAGCGAGAACAAGUUGGACAAGGCCACGAAGGCUUUCGAAGCCGAAUACGAACGGCUGAGGGAGAGCGACCGCCUCCGACUUGAUAAUCGCAAAAAAGAAGAAGAAAUUCAGCGUCUCUCCGAGAACUUGCAAAAGCUACAACACUCGAACGACGAACUCAAAAAGAAAAACCGGACCCAUGAAAUGCGUGAAAUGGAGACAGCCAGUUCGCCUGCAGAGUUCGGAUCUAUAAGAGGACAUGAAGGUUGUUGUCUACGAGUAGAAGAACUGGAGGAACAACUUGAUAGCGUAGACGAGCAACUCACUAGAUACCGAACGGAAGCCGAAGAAUAUAAAGUGCAAUUUGAAAACACAUCGGUGCUCUUCAAUGAAUCAAGGAAGAAGAUUAAAGAUUUGGAGCAAGAAAAGGAAGAACUAGAAACUCGAUCGCAGACAGUUUAUCCGGAGUCGUUAUACAGUGAAAUGUCUCUUAGUGGCAGUAUUCAUGCAUCGCCGACGCGCUCUCCGGUACAAACUUCACCAACAUUACCCACUGGCAUGGGAGCACUCGAACUCGAUGAACAUGUGCAACAAAUAUCACUUUCGGCAGAGCUUGAAGAUGCCGAGGGCCCAGAUGUGUCAGUGCUUUCUGUUUUGCCGCCUGAAUCUCAUCCGCUAAGUCGGGCAACAUUCAAUCAUCGCUCGAAAGGUCGAAUUGCAAUUCAAAUCCUGGUCAUUGUGAUGCUGCUUCUUUUCGUCCUUUACUGCUUGCAUCUUCAUCCAUUGCAAAUGAUCAUCGAUGCUACAAAUAUGAAUGAACUUUAUGAUCGUACUCAAUAUAUU